AUGGACGGAGAAUCUCGUCUCCUCUCCGCGUUCGUUUAUCCAGAAGAUAUAUCAAUUAUCACAACUGCAAUGCACACUUUCGGAAAACAAGCAACAUGUCGAUAUUAUGACUGUAAUCGAAUUGAAAUUCACUCCGCAAGAUUCGAAUCUCGUGUCUGGCCAUUGGCUGUAAUCAGUUGUCCACGGAGAUUCGGAGCAGAAUUUGUUAGUGUUAGUUUUGGAAAUGAAGAGGAAAUUGAGGAGUUCAGAGAACCGAUUCCACUGAUAAACAGGGUAUAUGAAAAACCAAUUCAUGAGCUAUCAGUUUGUGUUGGGCCACUAUAUGGGAAUGAGAGUAAAUGGUUGGAAAUCAUUGAAUACGUGGAACAUUAUCGUCUUUUGGGAACUUCAUUUUUCUAUUUCACUUUAUUCAAUAUGAACGAAUACGAUCGGAAAAUAAUUGAUGACUAUGAGAGAUUAGGAAUAGCUGAAUCUACAAAAUACGUGACAGAAUAUUUGAGACUUGGAUGGAUGUCUCAUCUCAUUCAGACUCAUGAAUGUCAUUAUCGGAGUAAAUUUCAUUCAAAAUGGGUUGUCAAUAUGGAUAUUGAUGAACGAUUGAUAUACACGGGACCAUUCAAUUUAAGACAUUAUCUCCGAUCAAUGCCAUCGAAUAUCGGAGAAGUCAGUUUUACAACGAAUCGAGUGUUGAAAACAGAAGAGAAUCCUUCGAAGUACGUAUCAGAAUCUCAACUUUUAUCUGAUUUAAUGUUCCUGAAAUACAACAAAACGACUGAAAUCAGUUGGUAUAAUCUGAAAGGAAUCAUCCGUCCCGAAAUGGUUGCUCUUUUGUUUUAUCACUGGUCAUUUUUCCAAUUCGAAGGAGUCAAAGUGAUGUCGGCACCAAAGAGAAUUGGUCAUGUCAGACAUUACCGAAAUAUUGACACGACAGCAUUAAAUGGAAAUUGGAUGGAAAAUUAUGAUGGAAAGUUACGAAUAACUCGAUUAUCUUCAUCAUUCGAGAAGAAAUUGAUAAUGGCAGUGAGAAGAAAAGUGAAAUAUGUAUAUGAUCAAAGAGGGAUUCGAUGCGAAGAGAUUCCAGAAUGGUUGUCUUCGAGAUAUAAAAGAGAACUUCUGGAUUGCAAAUUUAGAUAUGAAUAG